CUCUCACAGUGCCUUUUGAAACCAACUCUCUCUCAGUGUCUUUUGAGUCCUUUGGUUUUUAGGUGGGUGCACAAGACACAAAACAACCUCAGGUGAACACACACUUUCCACUGAUUUUGAUUCGGCGAGUGUUGUUUUUACUUUUAAGUAGAACUAGACGAAAUCCAGUUGAAAGAACAUAGUCGCUGAUGGAUGAACAGGUUUGAAGGUCCUUUCAUUUAGUAAGAAAGAAUUUGGUCUCCACAGACGACUUACUUUAAUAUUUUCUUCUUCUUUUUAUGUUUUCUUUAGGGGACUUCAAACAUGGUUGACAACACUGCCACCAAGACAAACCAAAACCACCACCACCAAGUUGGUGACAUCUCCAGUGAAAUGCUUCCACAGAAUGACACCGAAUUUCAGAGUAAACACACAGGCACUAAUUUUGAUUCGGAGACAUUAAAGAUGGUUGAUAAAGCUGCCACCGAGAACAACCAAAACUAUCACCACCAAGUUGGUGACAUCUCUAGUGAAAUGCUUCCACAGAGUGACUCCGGAUCUCAGAGUAAACACGCACUUUCCAAUAAUUUUGAUUCGGGGACAUUAAAGAUGGUUGACAACGCUGCCACCGAGAACAACCAAAACCACCACCACCUAGUUGGUGACAUCUCCAGUGACAUGCUUCCUCAAAGUGACUCCGGAUCUCAGAGUAAACACACACUUUCCACUGAUUUUGAUCCGGGGACAUUAAGGAUGGUUGACAAUGCUGCCAUCGAGAACAACAAAAACCACCACCACCAAGCUGGUGACAUCUCCAGUGAAAUGCUUCCUCAGAGUGACUCUGGAUCUCACAGUAAACACACAGUUUCCAUUGAUUCUGAUUUGGGGACAUUCAAAAUGGUUGACAAUGCUGCCAUCGAGAACAACCAAAAGGACCACCACCAAGCUGGUGACAUCUCCAAUGGAGUGCUUCCUCAGAGUGACUCUGGAUCUCAGAGUAAACACACACUUUCCAUUGAUUCGGAUUCGAUGGGUGAGAAUGCUGCCACCAGUAACGACCAUAACCACCAGCACCGCCGCCACCAAAUUGGUGACAUGUCCAUUGAAAUGCUUCCUCUGUGUGCCUCCAGACGCUCUGACGACGAAGGCAGCCACAAAAGAACCGGGAACGUAUGGACGGCCAGUGCAAACAUAAUAGUAGUGAUGAUGGUAGGAACAGGAGUGCUUUCGCCGGCAAGGGGCAUUGCUCAGCUGGGUUGGAUUGCGGGCCCUGCUGUGAUCCUAUUCUUCUCCCUUGUGGGCUACUACACCUCUCGCUUCCUCUCUGAUUGUUACCGCACCGGUGACCCUAACACCGGUGAUCGUAACUCCACUUAUAUGGAAUCUGUUCACUCGAUUCUUGGUGGAGCCAAUGUAAAAGCAUGUGGUUUUCUUCAAUAUAUGACCCUAUUCAGAAACGCCAUUGGCUGUAUCGUCGAAGCAUCUCUCUGCAUGACGGCAAUAAAGUAUAAUAAAUGCUUAAACGGGAGUAACUGGGAGAACGGGUGCUCCACUUCAAGCAAUCCAUAUAUGAUCAUCUUUGCCGUCACAGAGAUUCUGCUGUCCCAGAUUCCAGAUUUCAAUCAAAUACGGUGGAUUUCUGUUGUGGCUGCUGUGAUGCUCGUCACUAACUCUUUGAUUGGUCUUGGCCUAGGAAUUACCCAACUUGUAGAUAAUGGAAGUUUCAACAGUAUUUUUAAAGUAACAGGCGUUGGAGAUGAGACUGAAACCUUCCGAGCACUUGGAGGUAUCGCAACUGCGUACUCAUUUUCUCAGAUCCUCAUUGAAACUCAGGACACCAUCGGAUCUCCGCCAUCAGAAGCAAAGACCAUGAAGAAGGCCAUUUCUCGGAGCACCGCAUUGAUGACGACUAUCUACAUGCUAUGUGGCUGCAUUUUUUAUGCUGCUUUCGGAGAGGCCACUCCAGAAAAUUUUCUGUUGGAAUUGGGUGUCGACAAGCCAUGGCUUUCCGAUAUUUCCAAUGCUGUUAUGGCGAUCUAUCUUGUUGGAGCUUACCAAGUAAACAGCCAGCCGAUUUUGGCCUUCGUCGAAAAAUGGGCCGAUCAGAGAUGGCGUGGUAGUGAGCUCAUCGCUAAAGAGAUAAAGAUCCCCGUACCCCGCUUGGGCCAAUACAACAUGAAUCUCUUUAGGCUUGUUUGGAGGACGGCUUUCGUGAUCCUGACCACUGUGAUAUCGAUGCUCGUGCCGUUCGUCUUCAACGAAGUCGUGGAUAUCAUCAGCUUGGGAUUUUGGCCUUUAAUGGUCUAUUUUCCCGUCGAGAUGUAUAUUAGACAGAAAAAAAUUCGCAGAUGGAGCACUAAAUGGGUAUACCUGCAAAUGCUGAGCAUGACCUGUCUUGUGAUAUCGAUCAUGGCAACUGUGGGUUCGAUCCCCAAACUUAAGGAUGACCUUAAGGAUAAUCGGCCAUUCGGGAUGAGCGUGGGAAGAUGA